AUGACGACACUAUUACCACGUGGUUAUGGAAGCUUGCCUUCCUUUCAGUUUAGUUCACCUAAUCAAAUUCACAAUCGAUAUUAUAAUGAUACAUAUCCAAGAUAUGCAACAUCUUUGACACGACACUAUCCAACUCAGCCACUUUAUCAACCACCUUUCUAUCCUCCUGAAAAAUAUACAACAACUGAUCUCUAUCAAAAUCAAAAACCUAGUGUCGGUGCUCAAGUUGAAGCAUAUUUAAAUAGAUUAGAUGAUCAAUAUCGAUAUGAACGAUUUGCACGUAAGUUAGGAAAAGUAGAAAAGCAGUAUGCGAGAUUAUUAGGCAAUAAUUAUGCAUCAGGAUUAUCAUCGCAUUGUCCUGAUGUAGUAUAUGAAUAUGAAAAAGAAACUGAAUUUGUACCAGUACCAGCCUUUAUGAAUCCUAAUACGGAAUCCUAUGGUUCUCUUGGAAAUAUAGGUUAUCCUGGUAGUCUUAAUUAUGAAACAAGUGGUAGUAUGAGUUUACCACCAAAGGUCAGAGUUAUUUUCAUACCAACAGGUCAAUCAUCUUUUCAACAACCAUGGACAGGUCCAUUGACGAUGCCACCUUUUCUUUACAAUCGUGUAGCACAACCUUUAUAUACAUUUCCAUUACCGCCACCAUUACCACAACUAGGAUCAUUACCUCUUACACCUGCAGUUCAACAAAUGGUCGUACAACGCUAUAAUAAUCCUCUUGCUGUUUUACCACCUUAUACUCCUAACUGGCAAAUACCUCAACUGAUGAUGCCUAGUUAUUCACAAUUUUCAGAAUUUCAACCUAUGGCACCUAUAUCAACCUUUCAGUCAUUUACAGCUGCUCCACAAUCUUACAUUCCUUCUCUAAUGCCAACUUUUUCACAUGUUCCAUCUGUACCACAACCCUGUAUUCCUGCUCUGAUGCCAACUUUUCCAUCUCUUUCAUCUGCUCCACAAUUAUACCUUCCUCCUCCUUCUAGCAUGCCAGUGGAUCAAUCUAUGCUAUCACCACCAUCUUUACAGCUACCAUUGCCAAACGCUAAUGUCGUUUCAUCAUUGCCUCAAUAUGUUAAUAGUGGUUAUCCAAGUAUAUGCCGUGCAUGUCCACCAGCACCACCUGCACUUAACAUACCAGUCACUGGUCAUUGUUGGGUACAACAUUGUGCUGCUUGUCAUCAUGUAUCUACUUCUAUUUCUAAUCCAAAUAUGCGAUCUACUGGUGGACGAAUUACACCAUUGCUUCGUUAUCCAACAGUACAACAAUAUGUACCUGAUCAGACAAUACAACAACAAAAUUAUUUUCAAAACGAAGCACCGAUUUUGAUGCGUCCAUGGUUACGAAAAACACCGCCACUUCCACCUGGUGCUAUUCUUAUUUCAGAUGAAUAUAUUACUGGUGAUGGUUAUUCUUCACGACAUGAUCGUUCACGAAGAAAACAAAGACGACAUCAACAUAGUUAUUAUCCUAAACAACGAUCCAAAACUGUAUCAUCAAGAAUAAUAACUAAAUCAAAUCCAGUAGUUAUAAAAGUUAGUAGAAGUGUAUCACCAAGAAGAGCAAGUAAAAAUUAUAACUAUAGAAUUCAAAAUGAUGAACUUGUUAAAUCAAAUAGUAUCAUAUCAAAAAAUUCAUCAAGUAGUACAACAAAUGGUUUAACUGUUGAAUAUCACAAAGUAACAUUGCAUUCAUUUAAGCCGAUAGAAGAACAUAUUCCUAAACAAUCAGUUAACGAAUCUCGUAAUAUUAAUCUUCAAUAUAAUUAUCAACCACAAGAAUUAUCUUCUGUUUAUCAUGUUAAUAAUUAUUUAAAAUCUAAUAGUGAAACUUCUACAUUAGCAUCAAGUUUUAGAACAUCAUCCAAUUGUUCUCCUUCACUUAUUAAGGAAUAUAGUCAAAUUUUAUCACCAUCAAAUGAUUUUAAUUCAAUAGAAGAAGAAUCAAAUUCAAAGAAAGAAGAUAUAAAAUCAAUUCGUCUUUUUUCUCAAAUAGAAAAACCGAAAGAACGAUGGAUUAUUAUACGAGAAAUUAUAAAAAAUUCUCCAUCAAUAAUAAGUACUAUUUCAUCCAAUUCAGAAUUUUGUAUUAUUGACAAGGACGAUAUAUAA